GGGAGCCAGGUGACUGUAGGGCUCCACUGGGAGGUGGCAUCUGCAGGACGUCGGUGAAAGGACAUCACUGGACACCUAUUUGUUCCUGCUCCCGGGGGUGAUCAGUGCCACAUCUAGGCUCCUACACAUCUGUGCCCAACAGUGUCCUCAUUUUGUUCUUAAGAAAAAAUGGCACAGGCUAGGGAAGAAGCGGGGGAUAGCCAGCUGGUAUCCGGUCGGGAGCCAUCAUUGCACCUCAUCAGAGUGUCUGUCAAGACUCCACAGGAUUGCCAGGAAGUUUUGCUAGCAGAAAAUAGCAGUAUCCGUCACUUUAAGAAGCAGAUCUCCAAACGUCUCCACUGUGACACUGACAGACUGGUGCUCAUCUUCACUGGAAAGGUCCUCCGGGAUCAAGACAUAUUGAGCCAGAGUGGCAUUGGUGAUGGUGCCACAGUCCACUUGGUGGUAAGGACACCUUUGAAACGGAUAGCCAGUCCUAAAGUUCUGCCAAGCACCACAGACCAGACCACCCAUCAUUCUGUUCCAUCAACCUCUGAGCUUGCUGGGAUGCUAGGGAGGCUGGGCAGGUUAGCCCGGACCUCACCUGACCUGGCUGACUUCUUCGGCCACCUGGCACAACUCCUGAUGACUGCUCCAGGGUCUUUGGUGCAGUUCUUGGAAGACCCUCCAAUUCAAAGACUAGCAAAUGAGAAACAAGCCAUGGCCAGCCACAUUCCUGACCCCACAAGGUCAGUACAGAAAUAUGACUCAGCUCUUAAGACUCUGGAAACCUUGCAGGAGCCAGCCCAGCAACAGGAGCUUUUGCAGACAAGCAAGCAGAGGCUGAAAGCCUUGAGGGCAGUGCCAGGUGGGGACAAUGCUAUGCGUCCAGUUGCCUCAGAUGUCCAGCAGCUCAUGCUUUCCACUCUGGACUUACUGAUUGCUUCCAAAGGCUGCAUCUCAGGUUCAGAGUCUUACAGAGGAGAAGUCAAUGCUUACAGUAGUUCUGAUACCACCACCAUCCCUACCAUUCCUGCACCUGCCAGACCACUGGCACAAGAAGUCAUUAAGGGAGGAUUUACACAGGGCAGGGGUGUGACAUCAAAUCAGGCCAGUCCAGGAUGUAAGAAUGGCAUGCCAGACUCAUACCAAGGUCAAGAUCUUCCUUCCCAGGAUAGUCAGCAGCCUGUGGAGAAAGCCCCUAUGACCAAUCAGCUAAGACCAUCACCUUCUCUUUUGUGCCAAGCUUUGCAUGUCCUACAGAAGAAUCCAACUCUGCUACACCAGCUGACAACUAGCAGUCCCCUGCGACAUCAUAUAGCACUACUUCCCAUCCUCACCAAUCCACGAGCACUGCAGGCAUUGAUACAGAUAGAACAAGGUCUAUAGAUACUGUCCAGGGAGGUGCCUGGUCUGAGACCAUUCUUACAGGAUCCAGCUAGACUACGUAGAGCCAGAAGAGUCCCAGAAUCUAGGGGUGGAAGACAAGGGCAUAGAGAAGACCUUGUGCAACCCACGCUGGCCAUUCUUCAACUUCUCCAUGCACUGGCCUGUGCUUGUUCCCAGUCUACGCAAUCACCAUUAUCCUCAUCCCUCCUCACAGAAAAUCACUACCAACAAGAACUGGAGCAGCUGAAGGCCCUGGGUUUUGCCAAUCGCAAUGCCAACCUUCAGGCCCUGAUAGCUACAAAUGGAGACAUCCAUGCUGCCAUUGAGAGGCUGUUGGGAGAGCCACAGGCCUAGGUCCCCUCAGAAGAUGCUCACAAUGCACCACCAGGAAAGGAAGGGGA